UCUGGAUUACAUUAAAUAUCCAUCGAUUUAUUGCUAUGACCCAAUCACCAAUGGAUUUAAGUCUUGCCGUUUACUACUUACCAAUAACAUGGAGGGAAUUAGCAAAUUCAAGAUAAGUGAUGUGACGAUGAUUUUAUUUCUCGCCGCCACUUUUGGGACAGCUUUUUCUCAGUGCAGCACGCCGUUACAGCUGUCUGCUCAACAUGGGUCUGCGAUAAUCAUCAGCUCUCCAAACUACCCCUAUAACUAUCCAAGUUCCAGCGAUUGCCAGUGGCUGAUACAAGCUGAAACGACUUCCUCUACUGUAGGCGUGGUCUUCAACAUCAUCAACACCGAGUCCUUCUUCGACAAAAUACGGAUUUACGACGGUAAUACACUGGGUGCAAACCUUUUGCUGACUUUAUUCGGAAGUACCUCUAAUCGUUAUGUAGAAAGUACUGGAGAAUAUUUGUACAUUAGAUUCACGUCAGACAAUGGAGUUGAAAAGUCUGGAUUUACUUUACAGUAUUUCAGUCUUUACCCGACAAUAUUUGGACAGAGGCAGGCAUUCCCCUGCUAUUCCCAGAGUGCCCAGCAUACCAUCACAGUGACCACUUCUCUAAGUCUGCAGCUGACACUCGGAACAUUUCCAGACUUUUACUCGGGCAAUGAUUUCUGUUAUUGGCUGAUAGACGUAGGCACGGGGAAUUAUUUAAACAUCAGCAUCCUGCACACAGAUGACGAGUAUGGGUCAGACCCUGGGGGACUCACAGUAUACGACGGCAAUUCGAAUACGGCGUCCGUUUUGGGGACAGUGUCUGAUAAAGCCCAGACCGAGUCCGGCUCAGUUGUCCUGGGCACCAGCCAGCAAUAUGCCUAUUUCGUGUACUACAGACGAAGUGUUAACCUGUAUAGAGGUUUCGUGCUCAGUUUCAACAGAGUGGGGAUUCCGCCCGCCCCCGCCCCGGCGCCCACACUGAGUCCCUCGGUUGUUAACAAUACCUGCGGAGACAAUACAUUGUUGUCGUCAGAGAACAUCACUAAUUACGUCACUUCUCCAAACUAUCCAUUUGAUUACGACAGUGAUUCGUCGUGUAUUUGGAUCAUACGGACGACAAACGAAAGCUAUAUCAUUAAGUUAAUAUUCGAAGCUAUAGACCUUGAGAGCUGCUGUGAUUUUUUGCACAUAUAUGACGGUGAGACUUCUGCCUACUCACUGCUGGGCACAGUUACUGGGAACUAUUACAAUUCAUCAGGACUUCCAGUAUACGUGUCUACCGGAAGUGCAAUUAGACUCCAUUUUGUCAGCGAUAGGAGGACUCAACAGACUGGAUUCAAGAUAGGAUUUCUAUCCAUCGCUUCUGAGACCCCGUCCUGUGUAAAUCGGAGCGUUACCACGGUCUUGACAGCUACAUCUGCAGAACAGAAUUUUGAAUCUCACCCUGAAUAUGCAAGCUCGCAAAACUAUAAUAACUCCUACGAUGUAACCUGGCUGAUAGAAAAACCAAAGGAGUCCGACAUUCUCUCCGUGCAGUUCAUGACCUUUCACGUUGAAAAUUCUGAUGGGUGCACCUUUGACAACGUGAAGAUAUACAAAGGGCCUUGUAUAUCCAGUCCUUUGGCACAAACUCUUUGUGGAGACCUUGGUGGAAAUUCGAGUACGUUCACAUAUUCUACAGGGAAAUUUCUCUUGCUGCGAUUUAAAACAGACGACUCGGUGACAGACAAGGGCUUUUCUGUCCUAUACAAGAUUGUAAACUCGACAUCAGAUACUACCCCCACCACCUCUGGUUUGCCUGACUAUGUACGCUACACGAUUGCAGGUGUCAUUACCGCUAUUUUGCUUAUUGGUGCAAUAUGUGGUUAUGUGUGCUGUUGCAGAAAACUCUGUCCUAAAACUGCAAGUUUAAAGACGGUGGCAAAAUCCGAAAUGAAAAGAAAUUUGGUCAUUGUUAACACUAAUAAACCGAAGAAAGUAAAAGUACCCAUGAAAAAGAAGAGGACGUCUAAAUAUGGUGACAACAAGGUGUCAAUUGAUUCUCCAAAGUUUCCGUUGGCUGGGCCAGGUAUAAAUCCUGUUGCACCCCCUUUUCCACUAGAUUUGAAAGAUGUCAAAUCCGGAGAGAAACCCGCCGAUACUUCCAUACAACUUCCCCCAGCAAAAGAGAAAAAGGUGAAAGACCCAAAGCCAGAUAGCGUGUCAACUAGUGCAAUAAAGGUCAUAACGAAUACUCAUGACCACGUGUCCCUGACGCCCCUUGAUCCAGAUGUUCCUGUUGACUAUUCCACUAUCCCUCCACCUUUUGACUACAAGGACCCUUGGCAGCUUGCCAAAGAUUAAAAUGGAAUUAUUUAUAGAUACUCACUGUGACCAUUUACCGGGUGCUUACUCCUUAAGCAUUGACCGUCAAGAGCGUUCGAAUAUACCAUAUUUUAAUCGAUGUCAACUUUAGUGCCAUGAAGUAUAAAAAGUCUUGAAUGCUUUA